CCAGUAGUGGGCACACGACCCAUUUCUAAGACGAAAACUGACAAACUGGGCGAGUAGCAACGUUCCCAGGAUGCACCACGAAUGAAAAAAAAACGGGUCCAGAAGAGCCAAGAUGGCCGACGUCGAAGAUCAGCUUACUGAUGAGGAGAAGGUGCGUAUAGCUGCCAACUUCGUCAUCCAUGCUCCCCCUGGAGAGUUCAACGAAGUCUUCAAUGAUGUGCGGCUUCUGCUCAACAAUGACAAUCUCCUCAGGGAAGGAGCAGCUCAUGCUUUUGCCCAGUAUAAUAUGGAUCAGUUCACCCUUGCCAAAAUAGAAGGGUAUGAUGACCAGGUCUUGAUCACGGAGCACGGUGACCUGGGUCAGGGCCGCUUCUUCGACCCACGCCACCGGGUGUCCUUCCGCUUCGACCACCUGCGCAAGGAAGCCAGCGACCCGCAGCCCCACGAAGGCGAGGCGGCGCUACGCUCGUGGAGGGACGCCUGUGACUCCGCCCUCCAGGCCUACGUCAAGGAGCACUACCCCACCGGCGUGUGCACGGUCUAUGGGAAGACAAUUGAUGGGCAGCAAACCAUCAUUGCCUGCAUUGAAGGUCACCAGUUUCAGCCCAAGAACUUCUGGAAUGGCCGCUGUAGAUCAGAGUGGAAGUUCAGCAUCAGCCAAUCCCAGUCUCAGGUGGUGGGAGUGCUGAAGAUCCAGGUGCAUUAUUACGAGGAUGGCAACGUCCAGCUGGUCAGCCAUAAGGACGUGCAGGAGACCCUGACGGUGUCUAAUGAAACCCAGACAGCAAAGGACUUUGUGAAGAUCAUUGAAAGUGCAGAAAAUGAGUAUCAGACGGCGAUCAGUGAAAACUAUCAGACCAUGUCGGACACCACGUUCAAAGCCCUACGCCGGCAGCUUCCUGUAACUCGUACCAAGAUCGACUGGAACAAGAUCCUCAGUUACAAGAUUGGCAAGGAGAUGCAGAGCGCCUAGACGUGCAGUCCGCUUGCCGCAAAGACGAAAAGAAACUAAUUAACGGGGCAGAAUACAUGGUGUGCUCUCACAGAAUGUAUCUAGCGCGUUCAUGUUUCAUUGGUUCAAAGGCGCCAAGGUUUGGGAUUUAUUUUGGUUUUGAAAAGGGGAACGAUUUUGCCUUCCUCAGCCUACUGUAAAGUGGUUUGUUACUUUGAUGGAAUGAACAGUGACUUAUUGGCAAAUCUGUGAUUUCUUCUUGCAUAUUGAACAAAGCCCUCUAGUGAUACUGGUAAUGCCCCUCUGGUCCAUGUAUUUGUGCCACCAGUUUAAGUCUGUGUUCCCUAGACUGUAGAACCUGUAAUUUCUCCAUAAGCAGCACUCUUAACAGCUCUAAGCAUGUUGCACUAAGGUCUAUACAAACUGUUUACCUUAACUUCACUGUCCACUCUCCCGCCACUGAAAAACUAACUUUAAAAAAACCUACUAAAAAUGGUAAAAAAUUUUCUCAUAAUUAGUCUGUCCCAAUGAAUUUUCUAUGUUUUGUUUAUAUGUGUUUAUAUGAACACAUAUGAGUUUUUUUUUUUUUUAUGUCUUAAAGAACUGUACCCUUACAGACUGUAUGCUGUGCUUUGGCCGAUACCUCCUGUUCACAAUCUGCAUCUAUGCCAACAGCCAAUAGGGUGAGAGAAGGACAAGUGCUUCAUAUAGGCACCUUCACACCAGUGCAACUGAUGACUGCUAGCUAUUUCAUGAUGUUAGCCUGCUGACCCCCUCUGGCAUACAGUAGACAUUACAUAUAAUGGUUAGAUAAAGUCAGUCUCUGUUAUGCCAUUUUUGCCUCGUCCUUAGUUUUUAAUUGCUAUUUUUUACAAAAAUGAAAGAACAAACAUGUAUAAUUCAAAAGGAAUAAAGGAUUUGCACCAAAAUACUAUGAUUUAACAACUUUUUUUCCAAUAUGUCAACUUCAGUUGUGUUCUGAAGAUCAAGGACCUCACUUUUCUUAUUCGAACAAAAUGAAUUGAGCGGGAUGAGUACAACUGAUUUUUUCCUGUUGCCUGUGUUUGUUUUGAGCUUUGUGUUUGCUUUGAUGGAAAUCACCAGUGUUACAGGGAAAUCAUAAAUGUAUUUCGAUGGUAUGUUAUGUGGAUUCAAUUCUUCCACAGAUUUUUUUAUGGAACUUUUGGAUGGGACUGUGUGCAGUAUCAGUAUGCAACAUUGUAGAAGAAAUCAGAAUUUAUAUUUUCUCUGCUUGCUUGUUCACUCAUUUAUUAGUAAUUAACUAUUAAGGCUUGAUAUAAUUAAAAGAUAAAGUUUGGGA